ACACUAUUUCCCAGUGACGACGACCGCAAGCAGCAUGGAAGGGCGCCCCGCUCCGCCUGGCCGCCGGCCCAAGGCGCGCGUGCCUGUCAAGGCCAUGGACAUGCAUGUCGAAGCAACCAUCGACGCCCCGGUGCUUCCGUCGCCGACUCUAAAGCAAGCGGUCGAUGAGAUCGAACAAGGCGAUGGCGCGACCUCGGACGCAUCGACGUGCGACGAUGCCCCGCCCGAUGCCAGCGAGGAAGAGGCUCGGCAGGAUGCACCGACGACAGAAGUGGAUGCACCCUCGAGCCCAUCAGCUGGCAACGCGAACGUAGCGACGCCUGUGCCCGAGGACGACGUUAACGUGGCCAUCGUUGACGUCGACACGACCGUAGCGACGGAGCCCACGCCGCCGUCUUACAACGACGCUACGGACGCUGUACCUGCGCCGGAGACGCCGAUUGAAGAAGCGCCGCCGGCCACGGGGUCGUACUAUGGCCUCGAAGCCCUCCUGGCGCCGUUCACAUCCGUGCCCGACGUCCCACCGCUUGAGUCGCUCGAGUGCGUCUAUAACGAGGACGCUGUGGAGCUGCAGAAGCUCAUCUUUCGCGCUGUCAAGAUGUGCACGAACAAGAACAAGCUCAAGCUCGAAGAGUUCAAGAUCAACGGGCGUCUGUAUGGCAAUGGCUUCAUGGAGCCCCACGAGUACAUUGACGCGAUCGCGGCCGACGUUGGCAGUCUCGAAGUGCUCAUCCUCGUCCCGUGCAUGCUGCGCUUGCAGCCCGACCGCAUGGCGAAGAAGACGCUCUGGCUCGCCUUGCGUGCGUACCGAGCGAUGCACCUCGCCGCGUUGACGCGCCAAAUCGCACCGUUUUGAGACGCCACGUAGCAUAUGUACUACUCCUCUGUCAACGCCGUCUUGCAUACCGCUAUC